ACAAACCCUCCCCCCCGACCAGAACAGAAGAAGAGAACCUUUCGUCUCGGCGGUCCCCCACUGACCCCCGACCCCGAACCCUCGCCGGCCCGCCCGUCCGUCCAUGGACUUCGCGGAGCAGGACGUCGACGUCUUCGGCGAGGAAUACGACGGCGCCGAGGCCGAGGCCGAGGGCGGAGGCGGCGCCUCCUCCGGCUCCUCCUCCCCCUCCUCAUCCUCCUCGUCCUCCGCCGCCGCCUCCUCCUCCUCCUCCAGCGCCGCCUCCAGCGGCCGCAGCAGCAGCCCCGCCGCCGGCGGCGGGGACGAGGACGGCGCCGACGACGGGGACGGCGGCGAGUACGACUCGUUCGACGUCGUGCCCGUCAGGCCCGCCGCCGGGUACGGGGACGAGGAGGAGGAGGCGAGAGAUUUGUUCGGCUCCGACAACGAGGAGUACGUCAAGACCCCCGCGCGUAGCAACUACCUAGUUCCAGUGCUGCCCCCGAUACGGAACACCAACAAUUUUUCUCGAGGAGGACGAGGUGGCAGGGGCCCACCUCUUCUUCCAAGGCCAGGAGGCCAUCCAGGAGGACGAAAUAAUUUUGGCCACGGCGGGAGGUUUUCAUAUGGAAAUGGGCGUAACGUUGAAGGUUUUGUUUCAGAAAUGAAACUUAACAAGAGUGAAGAAACUUUAUCUAGGAAAGCGGUUGCUUUUCAGGAGCCAUGUGAGAUCGCAUGCUACAGCCGUGUUGAGGGUGGGGAUGUAUAUUUUGAUGAUCGCAGCUUGAGGCUUUUCAAACGUAAUAUUUGUGACUAUGCUGGUGAAGAUCUCAAUAAAGGAUUUGAAACGUUUAUAGAGAAAAGAGAUUUGGGUUCUCAAGGAUUUGGCGAUCUUCUUGCAUGCAUAAGAAAUUCAAAUCUACCUCUUCAGAAUAUACAUUUUGUGACGUAUCGCAACAACCUUAACAAGAUAUUGGCCACGGCUUAUCUAAAAGAUCCAUGGAAGAUGGGUGUGCACAAAAGAAACGGUGUUGUAUACCUUGAUGUCCAUAAGCUCCCUGAAAGACCACAGAGCGAGAUUGAGCGCAGGAGAUGCUUUUGGGGCUAUUCUUUUGAAAAUCUUGCCACUGAGAACUCCAUUGAUGAAGACGGAAGCGGCAUUGAUGCAAAUGUAGAGUAUUGUUCUGUAAUAAAGACUAAAUUGGGCGCGCAUCGCAUUGUCAUGGGUGCUGAGAUGGACUGCUGUGAUUCAACCGACGAUGGUAGGCGGUUCUAUGUGGAGUUAAAAACAAGCAGAGAGCUGGAGUAUCAUACGGUGGAAAAAUUUGAGAGAGAGAAGUUACUUAGGUUUUGGAUUCAAUCAUUCCUUGCUGGCGUGUCGUAUGUUGUCGUGGGAUUCAGGAAUGAUGCUGGUGUACUUAUACGAACUGAGAGACUAAGAACUAAAGAUAUCACACAAAAAGUGAAAGCAAAGAACUACUGGCAGGGUGGUGUCUGCUUGGCCUUUGCUGACGAGGUUUUAUGCUGGCUGUAUGGCACUGUCAAAGAAAAUGAAGACUACGUUCUGCAAUUUGCACACCCGUUCCAUCGAUUGGAACUAUUAAAAGCCCAAUCUCCGUGCCCCGAUGCAAUAACUCUGCAUGUGGAACAGCUCACUGGUGCAACAAACUAGAUCUGUUCCCAAGCAAAGCUUUGGCGCUGAUGUUUCGCUAAACGGACAGUUUUGACGGACCUUACAUAGCAGCGUUGCAUCUUAGAAUGGUUUGAGCUAUAGUUCGAGGGGCUGAUGCAGAUGCAUAAGAGACUGACGGCGUCAUGCUAUAUGGUCGGUCGGUAACUGGGGGCAGUACGGUCACGGUUUGCUCUUUGUCCAAAGAGGUUUUGAAGCCAUCGAACACUGUAUUUCUUCUGUAAUACCAAGUUAUAAAUUAGGGAAGUGCAGAGUUACACUGCCACUGUAACAGUUCAUCGCUCAAGGCACCAAUGAUGUGUAACUUUUGUACCAAUGAUGAUAUUGAAUUUUAGAGACGUAACAUGUCAAGAACACCCCUUGGAGUUAUGUAAACUAGCGGUAUAUGCUAAGAGUUUCUUUUCGAA